UCCUAUCUCGCACUCCUCUGUUCCACAUUCUAAUCCCAUCACACUCUGCUCCACCUCAACACAUCCAACCACGCCAGGCCCCCGGAGCCCAUACUCUCCUCCAACUUAAACUAGCUACCUCUUCGCACUCCACUGGGAGACUUCUUCAUCCAUACAAUACAAUUCUACGCUUCUAAGGACAAGCAGGAAUAUUACUUGAAGAGCGUCAAGAAGAUGGAUAAACUGGUGUGAGAUUGUUGGCCAGUGGAAGCUAUAUUUUACUUCUCUCUCUCAAGAAGUCAGCACCACACAUGGAUGGGAUGUUGCGUCUCAUUUGACUGCAGGAUUUACUUUGUGGAACAAAGAGUGUUCACACUCCUUGUGCACAAUCUGCUGUAGCAGCUCAUUUGUUUGGUGAUGUCAUCUGACUCCAGAAUUUAUAGGUGGAUUCUAACUGUGUAAAACCAAAAACAAUGACUGAGGCAGUUGAAGUUCGAUCGUUCACGACCACAAUGGUGAUUGACGCUCGGGGUGGGGAGGGCUCCUCACGCGCGGCCCCCAAGAAGACCUUCAUGGAUCAUUUCUACGCCACCUUCAGCUCCCCCAUAGCCUGGGUGCUGGUGCUGGCCCUCGUCAUCACCUGGUCCUGUGUGUUCGUCAUCAUCUUUGACAUGAUGGAUUAUAAAACCCUGUCAGGUCCCCCUCCUGCUGUCAGGAAAACCUUAAAGGAUACAGAGCGUAGAGGAGGCCUGACCAAGCUGGGCUCUGACCCCAUGAAGGCAGUCAACGACGCAGUAGAAGGUUCCUCCAGCGUUUUGACCUCAAUAUUCAGCUUUGCUGCUAACCUCAUUGCUCCUGAUGAGGAUGAAGGAAAUCUAUAUGCAGUGAGGAAAAAAGGAGAAUUUUUACCAUCCCGAAGUAAAGUUGUAGGGAUGCAAGCUAACCAACGACCAGCAAUUGAAAUAGUGGAAUCAGGAGAGGAAGAGGAGGAUGCAGCUGAAGCAGGAGGAGAAGAAAAAGAAGAAGGAGAGGAGGAGGUUGAUACCGUAGCUGCUGAUGGAGGAGAAAAAGAGGAGGAACAGGUAGAGGUUGAAGAAGAGGAGGUGGAGGAAGAGGAAGAUUAUUACGAGGACGAGUAUGAGGAUUAUUACGACGAGGAGGAGUAUUAUGAUGAGGAGGAGUAUUAUGAUGAGGAUGAGGAGGUGGACUAUGAUGAAGAGGAAGAACUGGAAGAGGAGGAGGAUGGCCAGGAUGAGGGAGAACUGGAGGAGGUCGAGGUGGCGGGAGUACUGGAGGCGGAGGUCGAGGAGGCGGGAGUAAUGGAGGAGGAAGAACUAGAGGAGGAGGAGGAGGAGGAGGAGGAUGGCCAGGAUGAGGGAGAACUGGAGGAGGUUGAGGAGGCGGGAGUACUGGAGGCGGAGGUCGAGGAGGCGGGAGUACUGGAGGAGGAAGAACUAGAGGAGGAGGAUGGACAGGAGGCGGGAGUACUGGAGGAGGAGGAUGGCCAGGAGGCGGGAGUACUGGAGGAGGAGGAGGAUGGCCUGGAGGAGGAGGAGGAGGAGGAGGAUGGCCAGGAGGAGGGAGAACUGGAGGAGGAGGAGGAGGAGGAGGAGGAGGAGGAGGAGGAGGAGGAAAAACUGGAGGAGGCAGGAGAAAUGGAGGAGGAGGAGGAUGGCCAGGAGGAGGGAGAACUGGAGGAGGAGGAGGAGGAGGAUGGCCAGGGGGAGGGAGAACUUGAGGAGGAAGAGGAGGAAACAACAGCUGAACUAGAACAGGCCACUGAAACUGGCAAUCAUGAAGAGGAUGAAGAGGAAGAGCAGGAAGAGGUGAAUGACAAUGGUGAUGAUGACGAUGUCGGGGUUGACGAAGAGGAAGGGGGGGAGGAGUCUGCUGCUGAAAACACUGAUGCUGCUGAGGAGGAGGAUGAUGGUGAUGAUGAUGAUGAAGAACAGGAAGAAGGCGAUGUAGAAGGAGUUCAGGCAGAAGAUGAAGAGGGGGAGGAGUCUGCUGCUGACGACUCUGAGGCAGCUGAGGUAGAGGGUGAUGGUGAUGAUGAUGAUGAAGAAAAGGAAGAAGGCGAUGUAGAAGGAGUUCAGGCAGCAGACAAAGAGGGGGGUGGGGAGGAGUCUGCUGCUGACAACUCUGGGUCUGCUGUUUCCGUGGAAGAUAAUGAUGAAGAUGACAGACAACAGGAUGAGAGUGUAGAGGCAGAGGAGGAAACAGCCGAAGCAGACACAGAUAGUGAAAAUGAGAGUGAUGAUGUUGAUGAUUUUUACACUGCUCUUGAAGACCAUGAAGAGGAGGGCGGGACCACUGAACAAAGUAGGGUUGACUACUACGACGAUGAUGAUGAUGAUGAAACAGCAGAAGAAGAAGACGACCUUGCAGAAGAGGACAAGGAGUUAGAGGAGGAUAACGAUUCUUCCUCAGUCACACCCCCGGUUCCUGACUUAAAAGAUGAUGAUGAUGAUGAUGAUGAUGAGGAUGAUGAAUAUGAAACAGAAACUGAUGAAGACUCCCCAAGCAAUGGGGAGGAGGAUACCAGUGAUGACAUUCCAACAUCUGAUGAGGAGCAGGAAGCAGCUGCCCUUGCCGUGGACGAGCAGACGGCCUCGGACAGCGAUGUUGAAACCGCACCGACGUCCACAGACGCUAAUUCAGCUGACGAUGACGAUGCUGAUGGAGACAGUGACACCACAGAUCAGUCUCUACCUGUCUCCAGUGCGGAGGGGGAUGAAGAGGAUUCCUCAGAGGACACUAUAUCUGUCGCUACUUCAGAUAAUUUUGCAGAUGAUGAGGAUGAUGAUGAAGAGGAUCCCAUGGAUGAGGACCAACUCAAGAGCGGAUCUGUUGACCUUGACGUUCUUGAAGUUCCCCACACCAGUGAUAUUGACGUAGAACUUGAAGCAGAGCAUCAUUCCGUUGAAGACAUUUACGGGGAAACAUUUUGGUUGGCCGAGAGUGAGGACAGCGGAGUACUGGGUGACGAUGAGGAUGGCGAUGAUGAUGAUGACUUUUAUAAAAUAGAUGAAGAGUCAUUAUGGGAGACUGUGUCCAGUUCUGAGGACUACAAUGACUCAUACAAAGACGAGGAGGAAGAUGAGGAGGAUGAGGAACUAGGUACCAUACCAUUUGAGUUCAGCAUUGAUCCUGAGGAUGACAAAGUGGAAGAUGUUUUAGGAGAGGAAAGGCUUGCACACUCCCAUGAUGACAAGCUUGAUGCUAGUUUGUUCGAGUACCAGGAUGACCUCCAGGAUGAUGUUGACAUCAACAAAGAAGAAGACGGUUUCCCCUCGGACCCUCCGGCCGGAGCUGCGCCAGAAGAUGACAACAAAGAUGAUGAGGAUGAGGCUGAGGCUGAUGGUGACGUUGAUCCUGUUCACCAUGACUUUGAUGACUCCGUGCUAUUAGAUGGAUUGAUUGCACCAGCUGCACAUCACGUGCCAGUCCAACAGGAAGCAGUAGGAAGUGGGACAGGACCUCCUGAAGAAGAGGAUGACAUAGAGAAGGAGGGAGGCACUGAGGGGGACGAUGGAGACAAGAGUGGAGAGGUUGAUGCAGAGGAGAUUAUUGAAGAUCUAGGAGAGACAGACCAACCUACUGUCACCAUGAAAACCACGGAAGGAACUGAAGAGAAAACCGAGAGAGAAGAUGGGGCUGAUGAUAAUCAUUCUGAUGAUGAUGAUGAUGACAAAGCCAAGGUCAAUGUCAUGAAACCGGUUGGUGAGCCUCAGGAAAGUGCAGCCCAGCCAGAAGCCACAGUGUGCCCCUGCAUGCUUUGUUCCAAGACUACGGAUACAGCUGCAGAGGCAGUAGAGAAAACAGAGCCGCCAAAAAAAGCUUCUAUUGGGAAACCAAGGAGAAAAGUGCGUGAAUCCAGGAAGACAGAAGAGACGCCAAAAAGGAAAGCUUUUCCUCGCAAUGCAGAGCUAGAGGAGAAGAUCAGGAGAGUGAGGAAGGUCCCUGGACUUUUAAGAGGCAAAAAAGUGGAGAAGCCCAGGACCGUGAGGAAAGAAAAAGAACAACCAAAGCAGGAAGUGCCAGAAUCUGGACCAGAAGUUGGCCCUUGCCGCCCAUCUCCGGUCUACUGCCCUACCCCUCCAGGCUGGUUUGUUCAUCACGUUGUGACGGACAACCCUUAUCCCCCCCCAACCCUGACAGCCCCGUCAGCCCCUGUUCUGACAGUGCAUCCUGCCUAUCAAGGCGCUCCACCUCUCUACCAACCACAGCAGCAUCAGCAGCAGCCUAUGCCACAUUUCUACCCGCACUACCACCCAUACAUGCAGCCCCAGACUCAACCUGCACAACCACAUGUGGACGCUACUCCGCCGGUCCAUCAAGCUGACCCAGCCCCAACGGUCCAACAAGCUGACUCAGGCCCAACGGUCCAACAAGCUGACUCAGGCCCAACGGUCCAACAAGCUGACCCAGCCCCAACCGUCCAACAAGCUGACUCAGGCCCAACGGUCAAGCAUGACUCAGCCCCAAUAGUCCAACAAGCCGACCUAGCCCCAAUGGUCCAACAGGUUGACUCAGCCCAAGACUCAGCUCAAGUCCAACUUGAUGCAGCUGAUCUCCCAGAGCAGGCUGUGGCAGCCCAGCCUCAAGAUUAUGAUGCUUCCAAAAACAUGACCAUAGCAGGCGCUGUGAAGAAAGGUGAAAGAAAGGAGUCUUCUGUUGCAACCAAAGCAGCCAAAAUGAAAGCUAAAAAAGAUGCUGUUAAGAAAACAGCUGCUUCAAAGAAAGAACCAUCUUCUGUCAAAAGGAAAGCCAAGGUCACUGUGUCUGGGAAAGAUGGUGGAUCGGAGGUCCACCCUAUCCGGCCCAGAGUCAGCACUCCAGGGGCGGGGGGGAAUGUCACUGUGACCCUCAGGCCUGCCACUCAAACCAACACAAGAUCGAAAGCCGCCAUAGAAAGGCCAAAAAAUUCCAAAGAUAUACUGCUGGCCAAGUCAGCUCAGACCUCCAAAGCCAAAAAAGGAAAGAACUCUGAAAAAGUUGACGCUAACGGCAAACUGAAGCCUGAACCCAAAACGGAAGACAACGCAACAGACAAGAAGAAAACAGGUCAAAGAUACUUCCAGUGCAUCUACGUGCCAGGUAAAGGAGCGCAGUACCCUCUGCGCCCCGGAAUGAGCCCGGCCAUGAACCCGGCCAUGAUGUCCCCGGCCAUCAGGUCCAUGCUGGAGCAGCAGAGGGCCCCAAGGGCCGCAGGACAAUAGGUACACGGGGGACCUUCUCAUUUCUUGAGUCCUUUCAUCCGAUGGAUAACCCUUCUUUGAGGUACUUGAGGAGUCCUGCGGAGACGAGCAAGGGACUGAGUGGAAGUGAGCUGUAGAGUUCAGCACAACCCACUGGUCGAGCCCUUGGAAGAUUCAUUGUUCUCCUGCUCCUGCUUAGCAUGUGUAUGUUUUUAGUGUUUGUUCAUUGAAUUUUGUCAAUAGUUCAAAGUAUGUCAGUAGUUCAAAGGACGUGUUGGGAACCAUCUUUACCUUCGAAGGCCAUCAUGUAUGAAAUCAGGGUGAUAUAGGUUGAUAUCAAUGUUUACACACAGUCCAUACUGUAAAUACAGUUUACCUUGUUCAUUAAUUACUAUGCACUAUUCAUACACUAUGUUAUGAGAGUUUAAUUAUAGAUGGGAUUGCUUUGGCAAUGCUUAAACAACAACAGCAAUUGGAGCUUAAACAAGUGUGUUUCUGCCCAUACAUUUUUUUUAUCGUAUAAUGUCUUAUAAUUCUAAAAAGCAAUGAUUAAUUAAUAUUAGAAGGGUUUACAAGACUCCACUAUGAAUACUAUUGAUUACUGUAAAAGGGGAACGCAUAUUUCUUGCGACACAUUGCAAAUUAAGUGCUAUCUACUACU